AUGAAGAGUUGUACUUUGGCAACAGUUAUACUGUUGCUAUUGACUUUGACAUUGGUAGUACGCGCUGCAAAUGAGACGGCAACAACACCAUCUCCAACCCCAACACCAACACCAACCCCAGCCGCAUCGACAACUUCAGCCCCAGCCGAGACUACUCCUUCAUCAUCAUCUCAUCCAUCAUCAACAUCAUCAACACCCUCAACAACAUCAAAUACAAGCUCACAUGAGCCAACUACAACCUCGUCCACCAAGCCGGACUCGACGGCUCAUUCAACGACGCCAGACCACUCAUCGUCGUCACCCCCAGCGACAACACCCAAGCCGUCAACGCCCACUCCCGUCAAGCCGACGAUCAAACCAACCAUAAAGCCAACUAUCAAGCCAACGAUCAAGCCAACCGUUAAGCCACUGAAUGGAUCGAAUGUGAAUGGCACGUUGGUCGGUUGCCCGCCACCUUUCAAGUCAUGGUUCAACGGAUCCGAUGCGAUUGAGCCAGCAAUCGAUGGUCGCAAGUUCUCCUACAUCAACUGCGGCCUGCAGCCAACUCUAGUCAACUUUACCCGCGACCAAAAGAUCGCCGUCAUGUCACUGACCGUGGACAACUGUGUUACUAGUGACUGUCGCGCCAACUACGUCUGUGCAGAAGCCAAGAUUGGUUCACGUUAUCCCUUUGGCAACUUCACAUGCACGGUCAAGGCGGACAAUGUCCCAGGAACGGUGACCAAAUGCUACGCCACCGAUGGCAAUCAGGGCCUUGAGAGCUCAAUGUAUAUAAUGAUCGAUGGUUCCAAUAUCACUCAUCCAGUGCACUAUGGUGUGAUAUCUAAAGGCAAGACCGUGUCAGAGACGAUCAAGUCCAUCCCAGGUCUGGAGCCAAGCAACAGAUACAACACCUACAUGAUCUCAUGGACACAGUAUCGCAUUGACUUCUAUGUGAACAACGCCUCGAUUGGUACCACCGCCAACCCAAUCACCACCGAGAGCGUCGAGUACUUUGUGUCCAACUACGUGAAUAACAUGCGUCUUUUGGGCGCCGGUCCCGCCUUCCCAGCGUCCUCGCUCAUCCGCGCGAUCGAGAUCCUUCCAGACGAGGAGAGCUGCAACAACACCGACUCGUCCGACCCAUGGCACCGCCCGAACGUCCCACAGAACUUCUACAACGCAAACUGCACCAACUACCGUCCCGAGUGGAUCUACAACGACACGAUGCAGUCACCCUGGAGAGAUAUGUCCAUUUCGUUCCACAGCAAUCACAGCACGACCAUGACACAUCGUGGCUUCAACAGCUACUCGUUCGACCUGAAGGACAACACACAGAUCUACUUCCAGGUCAAGAAGCCAUUCGCCCGCGGCAAGUACAAGUUCCUCUCGUUCUGGAUCAAUGGAGGUGCGUUCGGCACGCAGGAGUUCCAGAUCUGGCUGACGUCCAACCGAACAAAGGUGGGCGCUAUCAACCUCAAUGAGUACCUUACGGGAGGCAUGCAAGUGUUCACAUGGUAUCGUGUGGCGAUCCCUCUGGACAAGUUCCAGGUGAACCCGCCUACCACCCAAUACUUUGACGGCUUCUUCAUCAACGAGGUCGUGCACGAGUACACUGGCAUCAUCUACCUGGACGACAUCAGUGUCAACAACGGCUCAACGUGUCUGGAGGACUUUGACUCGGUGUUCUCCAAGGGUGUGAUGUCGGCCGAGGUCGAGAACUACAGCUACGGCUCGGUGGACUUUAACAACAAAGACGUCCUGUUCCGUGGCCGCCAGACCCUCUCCUGGGUCAUCCAUCCGACGUCGAGAGUGGCGCUGGGCUUCAAGAACGGAACGUCCGAUCUGAACAUGUUCGAUGGAAUCGUCUUCAACAUGCUGUACGCGCCCAACCCGCUCUUCCAGUAUCCCAAUCAGAACGCCAACAAUGACAACAACGACCCGCCUCGCCAGGUCAAGGCAAGCAUCUACCUGACCGUGGAGGGCAAGCCCGUGCAGCCACUGGGUCUUGCCGAGUACAUGGGCGGCACGUUCCCCGCCAACCAAUGGAUCGAGCUCAACAUCCCAUUCAUUGACUUUGGUAUCUGGGAGGGUGCAGAGAUCGAUGGCAUCCAGUUUGGUUCCGACCUUGGCGAGUUCCAAGGCACCUUCUACAUUGGCCGCAUUGCUCAAGGACGAUUUAUACCGCCACCAAUCAAUGUCCAAGAGGAUGGCGAGGAGAACUCCAAUUCCGCGUCGCCACGACUGUUCCAACAACAGAUGAACCUGAUACCAAUCCUCUUGGUUGUACUUUCAACAUAUCUGUUAAUACUUUAA